AUGGUCGCUACAGAGAAUUCAGGACCUGCCAAGCCCGUCCUCUUCUUUGACAUAGACAACUGCUUGUAUCCCAGAAGCACCAAGGUCUUCAAUCGCAUGGCUGACCUCAUCGAUGAAUACUUUGCCGCCCAUAUUGACCUUCCCAAGGAGGAGGCCGGCAGGCUGCACAAGGAGUACUUUGCCAACUACGGCCUGGCCAUCGAGGGCCUCGUGCGCCACCACGGUGUUGAUCCCCUCCAUUACAAUGCCAAGGUUGACGACGCUCUGCCUCUGGAGAGCAUCAUCAAGCCCAAUCCGGAGCUCCGCAAGAUGCUCGAGGAUAUUGACAGGAGCAAGGUGACUGUGUGGCUCCUCACCAACGCUUACGUCACCCACGGCAAGCGCGUCGUGCGUCUGCUCGGUAUUGAUGACCAGUUCCAGGGCCUCACGUACUGCGACUACUCCAACGUGCCCUUUGUUUGCAAGCCACACCCAGACAUGUACAAGAAGGCCAUGAAGGAGGCGGGCGUAGAGCGGUUUGAAGACUGCUACUUUGUUGACGAUUCAUACCAAAACUGCGUGCAGGCUAAGGAACUGGGCUGGAAUACUGUCCAUCUGGUGGAGGAGGAGCUCCCCGUUCCCGAGAAACCGGCGUCACAGUAUCAGAUUCGAAACAUUUUGGAAAUACGCACUAUCUUCCCACAGUUCUUCAAGUCCGCCGCAUAA